UUGCUGGUCUCUCAGAUGGCCCACAGAGCUCCCUCCAGCCAGAGAACACCAGAAUAUGGGACACUGAAGGACCUCCCUGUUCCAGAGGGCACAGCAGGGAUAACGUCAAACCCAUGUACAUUCUGCAGGUCCCCGAUGAACCCAGGGAACCCUCCACCGUAUCCGGGCCCUGGUCCGACGGCCCCGUACCCACCUUAUCCACAACAACCAAUGGGACCAGAGGGCUACCCUCCAGGACCUAUGGGGGGACCCUACCCACCUCCUCAGGGUUACCCCUACCAAGGAUACCCACAGUAUGGCUGGCAGGGCGGACCUCAGGAGCCUCCUAAAACCACAGUGUAUGUGGUGGAAGACCAAAGACGGGAUGACCUGGGCCCAUCCACCUGCCUCACAGCCUGCUGGACUGCACUCUGUUGCUGCUGUCUCUGGGACAUGCUCACUUGACCUGACCAGCCCUCCAGUCCUGCCAGCUCUGCCACCGCCUUCAACAGGUGUGCCUGCCCCAUCUCUUCUGAUUGCUGAAAUAAAUGAAUGACUAGCUCUGCACAGACAUUUCUACCUUCAACACAGUGGGAUUCUAGAUUAUUAGCAGGGGUUGCACUGCUGUUUAAUUCAGUGACUUUAUCUUUUUAAUGUUCAAAAUGCAUUUCUUAUUGGCCUUUCACAAAUGUGCUAAAUGACUUUUAUUUUUUUGGCCAAAGGCUUAGUUAUAAAAUAUAUAUUUAUAAUUUUAAAAUUAUACAUUCAAGGUAGUGACAUGAUGUAAUCACACUGAAUGAUUUCUCUGCUAACACCCUGUAUGUUUCAAUAAAUUGGUCUAAACCUCAA